AUGAGCGCUUCUGUUGCCAGUCCUGUACCCUCCGGGCACACAGGGCAGCCCACCACCGGCGUGGCCUCCGCAGCAGCAGGGGGCACAGCGGAAACUCCCCCCGCGGGCCAAGAUGGACAGACAGCCGCAGCACCGGACACAGUGGGGACUCCCCCCGCGGGCCAAGACGGACAGACAGCCGCAGCACCGGACACGGUGGAGACCCCCCCCGCGGGCCAAGACGGACAGACAGCCGCAGCACCGGACACGGUGGAGACUCCCCCCGCGGGCCACAACGGGACAGAUCCCCCCUGA